AUCACAGUGUUCAAGAUGGGGCUUGACAGUUAACAUUUUAUAAUAUCAUGUGUCUGUGUGUACAGCAAAGAGUUUCUUAUAAACUUUUAUGCUUUUCAGUUAAAUUUGUGUUUACAGUCAAUGAGGACCUACUGAUAUCCAGUGUUGAAGGCGGGAGAGACUGGACCUCUGAAGCGGCUGGUCACAAACACUGGCCCCGGAUCAGGACCCUGGAUCAGGAGCCGUCCCUUUUCGUUCCCGAGUGUGAACCAGGUCCCAACCGUGAGGGACAGAGACUCCACCACCACAGAGAACACAACCAGUGGACAGGUGGACUGAACAACCUCAGUCCUGGUGGUCAUCAGAGUGACAGAGGUUCCAGUCAGGGAUCCAGUCUGCAGCCCAGAACAUUCUCUUCACAGUCUCAGUGCAGUGAUGAAGCAGGACCUGAGGCUGAUAGAGAUAGACCCUCCUGUUCCUAUGAUGCAAACACCACAGCAUCCAUGAUGAACUGAGCAGGUCAUCUUUGGCUUUAGCCUUCACAGAGGGUGGUGGGAGUCUAACAGGAAGCCUUUCUUCUCCUUCAGGAUCUUGUCUAAUGCCUGGUGACUGGGCUCAAGUCUAGCCUUUCUCAGUUGCCUCAUGGUUACCCCACCAAUACAGACAGGGUCGGGUUGAGCACUCACCAGAAGAAGCACCUAGCCUACAACACAGCACACAAUCCCAACAACACCCAAACAAUGGCUAGAUGUCAAGGAGGGAGCUCAAAGACUAACAACCUGAGGGUGGUGGCUCCUGCUUCUACCUCCUCUGGUGUCAUUGGGUCACAAUGUGGGAGGCUAAGCAUUAGGAUGGACACUGACAAGCCAUAUGCCUACCUCACGUGUGGGAAGUGCUUUGCUAACGCAAACUACAGUAUGUGAAGGAGCACCAGACCGUUCCCACCAAGGAGAGGCCCUACAAGUGUAAACUAUGAUACAAGACCUUCUCCUUCCUGACUAAUGUUAACAGAAAUAGGAGUGUCCACAGUGGAGAUAAGCCACACCACUACGAUUUGAGUUUUACGCAGGGGAUAUCUGGGAACCAUUCUUUCGCUGAGCAUGAAAUAUAAUGAUCAUAGUACAUUUGAUUUGUAAUGUAAUAAGCAGUACCGUAAAAAAACAGCGCGCAUAACUUAAACAUUCAACCACACCCUUUCAGCCACAAUGCCAACCAAUAAGAUCCUUUCUCUUCAGUAUAAACGGAAGUGAACAGUGACCAAGAAUAAUUUCCACAUUAGCGUUUGUCGUUAUUUAGCCGUGCAUUAACACAUUGUAAUUCAAAAUAUGACACAUUUAGCAGCAUAACAUACACCAGGUAGUGUGUAAUUCACGUUGGAGACCGAACUUGGUUGAUAAUUGUUCUCGGUAACUACUAACGUUAGCUAGCGGACAAUGGAUCAAUGUAUGGUUUCUCACACUCAAAUAGCCUCCAUAAUGGAGGUUCUAGCGAAUGCAGCCGUGGCAGAGAUCUGUAAACUCGUAGACGACGACUAUGCAGUGUUUCGUUUGGAAAUCACUCAAAGCCAGAAAGAAAACAGGGCAAUGCGGAGGAAACUACAGCUACUGGAACUGAAGGUAUCACGGGAGCGCGUCCUCGCCAGUCGUCCCAGAAGUGUCAAGAUCCUCGACCGAUACAGAGGAAUGGCAAGAGGUGAAGGACAUCACACUGGAGGCCACAGGGGCAUUGUGAAGCCAGUGGGACACAAUACAUGGCGAGAUGACCAACCAAUCACUGUUGAUGAGGGGAGUGGAACCUCAACCCAGCAUGUUAUUGUGAUAGAGUCGGCACAUGCAGAGGCCUCAGGUCCUGGAAGAUUCUCUCUGGUCAAGCAGGAGAGGACUGAAGGAGAGGACCCACGAGACAGCAGACACAUCCAGACUGGAGAAGAGGCUGGAGUGGAACUCCCUUCGCCCCAGCCCAGGACCCGACGAAACAUCACUGAGGAGGAGGAAGAAGAUCCAGAGGUGCAGCUGGUAAAGGAGGAGGGUUUGGGGAACACUGAGGGGACCAUGGUCAUGGAGGACAACCAGACUACACCUCCUCCUGAAUCCACAGAGGAACCAGCUGAGCAGCACAGGACCACACACAGUCUCAUUGAGUCAGUAGACAUGGAGGAUGGGAAGCCUGAUCUGCUGAUAGUCAAAGAGGAGACAAUAGAAGACGAACCAGAGAGCAUUGAUCUGCUGAGUGGACUAAAGAUGGGGGAGCAAGGUGAUUGGAUGGAGGCUAAAAGAGGAGACUGGACAGCCAUCUCUGAUUCCCAGACCGGUGCAGCCAAGGGCCCAGGGGACAACAUCACAGAGCAGGCCAGGACCAGAGGCGAGUCUGCGGUCCAUGAGGACCAGCUGAUGUCCGGUGUUGCUGACGGGAGAGCCUGGACCUCUGAAGCAGCUGGUCAAAAACCCUGGCUCCAGAUCAGAACCCUGGAUCAGGAGCCGUUGCUCUUCUUUCCCGAGUCAGAACUAGGACUGAACCACGAGGGACAGAGACUCCACCACCACACAGAACACAACCAGUGGACAGGUGGACUGAACAACCUCAGUCCUGGUGGUCAUCCGAGAGACCGAGGCUCCAGUCAGGGAUCCAGUCUGCAGGCCAGACCCUUCUCUUCACAGUCUCAGUGCAGGGAUGAAGCAGGACCUGGGGCUGAUAGAGAUAGACCCUCCUGUUCUUAUGAUACAAACACCACAGUAUCCAUGAUGAACAGAGCAGGUCACCCUGGGCUUCAGCCUUCACAGAGAGUGGUAGAAGACCCUCCUGGCAGUAGUCUAUCAGCAAGUCUGUCUUCUCCUUCAGGAUCUUGUCUAAUGCCUGGUGAAUGGGUUCAGGGGAAGCCUGGGUCCAGCCUUCCUCAGCUACCUCCUGGUUACCCCACAAAUACAGACAGGGCCAGGAUGGGCGUUCACCACAAGAGGUACCUAGCCUAUAACACAGCACACAAUCCCAACAACACCCAAACAAUGGGCAGAGGUCAAGGAGGGAGCUCAAAGACUAACCACCUAAGGGUGGUGGCUUCUGCUUCUACCUCCUCUGGUGUCAUUGGGUCACAACAUGGGAGGCCGAGCAUUAGAACGGACGCCGAUAAGCCGUACGCCUGCCCCACGUGUGGGAAGCGCUUCGCUGAGGCGAGCUAUGUGAAGAAGCACCAGACCGUUCACACCAAGGAGAAGCCCUUCAAGUGCAAACUAUGUUACAAGAGCUUCUCCUUCCUGAGUAACCUUAUCAGACACAGGAGUGUCCACAAUGUGGAGAAAUUGUAGCAGUGUGGCUUGAGAUUUACACGGGAUAUCUGGGAACCAUUUUUUAGCUGACAUAUUAUAGUUAUCGUGUGAAGUGUCUUUGGGUAAGAGAGUAAUUUACCACAUAUCUCUCAUUAACCCUUUGUUAAUUUGUCAAUUGAAACAGGCUUGUGUAAAUCUGUUUUUAGAGAGACAGUAAACCUAGGCUAGAACAAGGACCAUUGUUUUACCUUACUGAGGUGAUGUAGAUGGAAUAAAUUAAUCAUUUUCUCUUCUACUCUAUUCUUGCUAACACACUGUUCUUUCUAAACGAGUCUGCACUCAGCUCGAAAGAUAGCAAUAAUAGAUUGUAUGUGUAAUGUACACUGAACUAAAAUAUAAACGCAACAUGUAAAGUGUUGGUCCCAUGUUUCAUGAGCUGAAAAAGAUCCCAGAAAUGUUCCAGAUGCUCAAAAAGCUUAUUUCUCUGAAAUGUGGACAAAUUUGUUUACAUCUCUGUUAGUGAGCAUUUCUACUUUCCCAAGAGAAUCCAUCCACCUCUCCAGUGUGGCAUAUCAAGAAUCUGAUUAUCAUUAUUUUCUCUUCUGCUCUAUUCUUAUGAACACACUGUUCUUUCCUUACAAGUUAGUCACGAAACGUGGCCUUCAAAUUAUGCCAACACUGUGCACAUAUACAUUCAAUAAUGACAAACCGUCCUCUUACAAGUCAGAAUGUUUAAUAAACUUAAUUUGAACUU